AUGACAUCCACGCUCGCUGCUAAAUCCAAGCCUGUUCCUCCAGGCGUUUAUGUCCCGGUCAUCUCCCUGUACAAGGCUACCCCGCGGCAGGAAAUUGACUACGAUGCUUCCUACAAGUUCUUCCAGCACUUGGUCCGUGGAGGCGUAGAUGGUCUCGUCCUAGCAGGAACGAAUGCAGAAGCAGCCCUUUUAGCUCCAGAGGAACGGAGAGAACUGAUCAAGGUCGCAAAGAAGGCGACUGCAGAUGCUGGCCGCCCACAAGUUCCAAUAGUCGCAGGGAUUAGUGGACAAUCGACCAAUGAGUCCAUUCGCCUGGCCGAAGAUGCUCUGGGCGCGGGCGCAGAUUUCGGCUUGCUGCUGCCGCCCAACUACUGGGCCAAGGCAGUCACAAAGGAGGUGAUCUUGAGCUUCUAUCGCGAAGUGGCUGACGCAACGGCACUUCCGGUCAUUAUCUACAGUUUCCCCGCUGUCUGCAACGGCAUCGACUUGAAUUCCGAUACCAUGUCCGAACUCGCGCAACAUCCCAAUAUUGUUGGAGUGAAAUUGACCUGCGGCAAUGCUGGAAAAGUGACUCGACUCUCCGAGGAAUACACCCACAAGCAGUUCGCCGUCUAUGCGGGCUCAUCGGACUGGUUGAUCCCCUGUCUUGCAGGUGGCGGAGGUGGCUGUGUGACGGGCAUCGCAAACAUCUUCCCCAAGAGUGUCGCUAAGCUGUACUCAUUAUGGAACGGGGGCAGGCUCGAGGAGGCGAAGAAAUUACAGGGUCUGGUCGCCCAAGCGGAGAAGGCGUGCAAGGAGGGCAUUGCACUCACCAAAUACACGGCCUUCCAUUUCGCGGGUCCUCAUGCUGGAUUAAUGAACCCAAAGACCUUUUGGCCCCGAAAGCCAUAUGCCCCCAUUGGUGCUGACAAGGCUGCGUGGGGGGGAGAAGGUUAUGCAGCACUUGGUUGA